AGAAGCUGGGAGUGACGCCUCUGAGCCGCGCAGGAUUGUGGGAGGAGGUUGUCUCCAAUUUCUCCUCCCCCUCCCCCCUCCCAGCCAAGAUGUCUGACAUGGAGGAUGAUUUCAUGUGCGAUGAUGAGGAGGACUACGACCUGGAAUACUCUGAAGAUAGUAACUCUGAGCCAAAUGUGGAUUUGGAAAAUCAGUACUAUAAUUCCAAAGCAUUAAAAGAAGAUGACCCAAAAGCAGCAUUAAGCAGUUUCCAAAAGGUUUUGGAACUUGAAGGUGAAAAAGGAGAAUGGGGGUUUAAAGCACUGAAACAAAUGAUUAAGAUUAACUUCAAGUUGACAAACUUUCCAGAAAUGAUGAACAGAUAUAAACAACUAUUGACCUACAUUCGGAGUGCGGUCACAAGAAAUUAUUCUGAAAAAUCCAUUAAUUCUAUUCUUGAUUAUAUCUCCACUUCUAAACAGAAUUCUGAUUUUUUAUGUCAGAUGGAUUUACUGCAGGAAUUCUAUGAAACAACACUGGAAGCUUUGAAAGAUGCUAAGAAUGACAGACUGUGGUUUAAGACAAACACAAAGCUGGGGAAAUUAUACUUAGAACGAGAGGAAUAUGGAAAGCUUCAAAAAAUUUUACGCCAGUUACAUCAGUCUUGCCAGACUGAUGAUGGAGAGGAUGACCUGAAAAAAGGUACACAGUUAUUAGAAAUAUAUGCUUUGGAAAUUCAAAUGUACACAGCACAGAAAAAUAACAAAAAACUUAAAGCACUGUACGAACAGUCACUUCACAUCAAGUCUGCCAUCCCUCAUCCACUGAUCAUGGGAGUCAUCAGAGAAUGUGGUGGUAAAAUGCACUUGAGAGAAGGCGAAUUUGAAAAGGCACACACUGAUUUUUUUGAAGCCUUUAAGAAUUAUGAUGAAUCAGGAAGUCCAAGACGAACCACUUGCUUAAAAUAUUUGGUCUUAGCAAAUAUGCUAAUGAAAUCGGGAAUAAAUCCAUUUGAUUCACAGGAGGCCAAACCUUACAAAAAUGAUCCAGAAAUUCUAGCAAUGACAAAUUUAGUAAGUGCCUAUCAGAAUAAUGACAUCACUGAAUUUGAAAAGAUUCUAAAAACAAAUCACAGCAACAUCAUGGAUGAUCCUUUCAUAAGGGAACACAUUGAAGAGCUUUUGCGAAACAUCAGAACACAAGUGCUCAUAAAAUUAAUUAAGCCUUACACAAGAAUACAUAUUCCUUUUAUUUCUAAGGAGUUAAACAUAGAUGUAGCUGAUGUGGAGAGCUUGCUGGUGCAGUGCAUAUUGGAUAACACUAUUCAUGGCCGAAUUGAUCAAGUCAACCAACUCCUUGAAUUGGAUCAUCAGAAGAGGGGUGGUGCCCGAUAUACUGCACUAGAUAAAUGGACCAACCAACUAAAUUCGCUCAACCAGGCUGUAGUCAGUAAACUGGCUUAACAGAGAACAAGCUUUUACAGACGUACUUAAGGCAACAGAGCAGAGAUGUAAUCCUUAAAAGAACUGGGAAUGGCAAAACUACUGUCGGUUGAUGUGUCCUGAAAAUUAUUGGAGUAUGGCAGAAGUGCUUUUUUUGAUCAACUGGUUUGUGUUUUGCUGCUGCAUUUAUCCCAAGAAAAACAGCUUUAAUCUCCAGAAGAAAACCAAAAUGCCAUGGGAUUUAUGCUGUAUUGACAUCUUGCCCUAAAACAUACAACAUCAUAGUAAUUUGUCAUGGGCAACAUGACCAGAGAGAAGAUUUUUGUCAUGAUUUUAAAUACACUGACACGCUACUGUUGGUUAAAUUUAAACAUGUUUUACCUGCAGAAAUUCUCUCACAAAUAACCUGCAAUAACUUGAAAUGCAUACCCUUUUGAACACUUCCUUUUCUCAUGUAUAAAUUAAAAUGUUUGCUGCAUUUUGCAAAAUGUCAAUUCUCCAAAAAUGUGUCCGUAUAUUUCUGUACCUGCAGUGUAGUAAAGGUUUAGAUGAAACCCCAUAAUUAUAGUGGCAUACUGUCACUUAGGUUUCAAGCAGCAAAAUAAACAGUGCAGCUCAGAAAUUGUA